AUGAUGGACGGUCGCCUCCUAGAGCACCCGCAUGCCCAGUUCGGGGGCUCGCUGGGCGGCGUGGUGGGCUUCCCCUACCCGCUGGGCCACCACCACGUGUACGAGCUGGCCGGUCACCAGCUGCAGUCGGCUGCCGCCGCCGCCGCCGCGGCCUCGGUGCCCUUCUCCAUCGACGGCCUGCUCAGCGGCUCGUGCGCUGCAGCAGCCGCCUCGGUGGUCAACCCCACGCCGCUGCUGCCGGCCGCCUGCGGGGUGGCCGGCGAAAGCCAGCCCUUCAAGCUUGCAGACUCGGGGGAUCCAGACAAGGAGAGCCCCGGCUGCAAACGGAGGCGCACCCGCACCAACUUCACCGGCUGGCAGCUGGAGGAGCUGGAGAAGGCGUUUAACGAAAGCCACUACCCGGACGUGUUCAUGCGGGAGGCGCUGGCGCUGCGCCUGGACCUGGUCGAGUCCCGAGUUCAGGUCUGGUUCCAAAAUCGCCGGGCCAAGUGGAGAAAGAAGGAGAACACCAAGAAGGGCCCGGGCCGGCCGGCCCACAACUCGCACCCGACCACGUGCAGCGGGGAGCCCAUGGAUCCGGAGGAGAUUGCUCGCAAGGAACUGGAGAAGAUGGAGAAGAAGAAACGCAAACACGAGAAGAAACUGCUCAAGAGUCAGAACCGCCACCUGCACUCGCCCGGUGGCCUGUCCCUGCACAGCGCUCCUAGCUCCGACAGCGACAGCGGUGGCGGAGGCUUGUCUCCAGAGCCACCGGAGCCGCCACCGCCGACCGCUGCGGCCAAGGGCCCUGGAGCGCACGGCUCUGGCAUCGCAGGUUCCGCUCCGGUACCUCCUGGCGAGCCACCCGCGCCUGGCACCUGCGACCCUGCCUUCUACCCGAGCCAAAGAAGCGGCGCUGGCUCGCAGCCGCGGCUAGGCCGCCCGGGGGACAAGGACACGGUCCCUUGCGGGCCCGGAACCGCAGCGACUGCGGGCCUGCCUAAGGCUAGCCCGUUCAGCGUGGAAAGCCUGCUGUCCGACUCUCCACCGCGCCGCAAAGCCACCCCAGCCAACGCUGCGGCCACUGCGGGGCUGGACUUCACGCCGGGGCUGCCAUGCGCGCCUCGGACCCUGAUUGGCAAGGGCCACUUCUUGCUCUACCCCAUCACGCAGCCCCUCGGUUUCCUGGUGCCACAGGCAGCGCUCAAGGGUGGAGCGGGCCCUGAGUUGGUGCCCAAGGAUGCGCCUCCCGCGCCCCCCGCUCCCCCCGCACCACCCGCGCAGGCCAGCUUCGGAGCUUUCCCCGGACCUGGUGGCGGUGCGGACCCGUCCUUCGCCCGUCGCAGCCCUGAGGUUGUUGCCUCUCCCGGGCCACCGGCUCCCGCUUCUUUCCGGGACCUAGCAGCGGCGGCAGCCGAGAGCGGUGCGGGGGACUGCGCGGACGCGGGGACCGUCUGCCCCGCGGCCCCGCCGCCCCCGCCCCUCGAAACGUCGCCCGGCCCGGGUCCCAGAGCUCCCAGUCCACCCGGGGAGCCAGCCACAUGUGGUGCCGCAGAGCCGGGCGCUGCUACAGGACCCAGCCCUCCGGAGGGCGAGGAAGUAGACAUGGACUGA